AUGCAGGUGAAGCCGCCGACCUGCGGGGGAAUGGCCUGGAGUCCCAUUCUCUCGGGAGACCUCCCUCCUCCCACUCACUCCGGGAAAGCUCUCCCCUUCCCGGUGGUUCUGGUCCUUUCCCCCAACUCUGGGCGCUCACGUCACCGGCGAACCUCUACCCACGCGCCAGCGCCGCAACCAACCGAGAAAAUAAACAAACCCCAGCGCGCGGCGGCGGGCGCGCCAGGCCCCUCCCCCGCUCCGCCCCGCGGCUCUCACGCCGCCCCCUCAGCCGGGACUUCCCUCCCGCCCUCGGCUCUCGGCCGCGCUCUCUCCGCCCCUCACCGCGGCCCGCAGCCGCGCUCCCCGCCGCGGUCCGCCCGGCCCGACGCCCCGGGGCCCGUUAGUGCCCGGUGCCCGCUCGCGGGGCCGCCGCGCGACCCCUGCCCGGUGCGAGCCCGCCGCUGCCCCCCGACACUUGACCCAGCGCAGUCCCAACGCCCAGUGCGGCCGCCCCGGGAGCCGCGGAGCGGCGGCGGCGGCGGCAGGGGGAGGAGGGAGAGGAGGGCCGAGCCGGCGGCCGGGGAGGCCCGGUUUUGA